GAGCAAAGGGCAUCAGGACUAUAUUCCCGGCAGGCCUGGGCUGUUCCAGCUGCCUGGACCCUGACCACUUCUUCCAUGGGGGAGACGCGCAGUGAAGGGACCACAAGGACCCGCUAACAUCUGGCAGCACGCAGGAGGACGAGGCCCUGCUCUGCCCACAGGCAAUGGCAGCCACAGUGACGGACUCUGGUGGCGUGAGGAUCAUCAUGGAGGUCAUCCCAGCCACAGACCCGCCGGCAGCCCAGCAGGCCUCCAGCUCCAGGCUGUCCACACCUGCCACCUCGUCCUUCCGAGUUCACAGCUUCAGAAGGGCUCAGCCCAAAGCACUGGGGGCCAUCCACAUUGUCACUGGAAUCAUACGCUUCUGCUUUGGGAUCAUCCUCACCAUGGCAGAGCAUGAUAUCCCUUCCAUCACUGUGGCCAGCGGGGUCCUCUUCUGGCUUGGACUCCUGCUCCUGGUCACAGGGUCUCUGCUGGUGGAAAGUGGAAAAAGAGAGAACAUCCUGCUGGUGAAGACCUGCUGCAUCUUCAGUGUCGGGGUCAUUCUGAGCACCCUGGUGGCCACCAUUAUCCAUGCCACGGCUAUUGCUACGAACCUUCCCGGGUGCGAACACAACUGGCCUCACCAGCUGAGAGUGGAAAGGUGCUUAGACACUGACAGAAAGACCCUGAGUGACAGCUUGAACUUGAUAUUCAUCAUCUUUUGCCUCUUGGAGUUCUGCACAGCAGUGGCAGCUCUGACAUUCGGUUAUGAUGCCAUCAAGCAGCACAACUACAAGCGCAUGGUUUUGUAAUGUUGGCAGAGCUGGUGUUCUUCCCUGCCGGGCCAAGACGGGGACCCCCGCUGUCCCCCCACCAUGUCAGCCCAUCAGAGCCACAGAACGGCCGCAGUGACGGCGCUGGGGGGUGGCUGGGGGCCGGGGGGUGGACGGCGCGCCACGGCUCUCAUCCCUUGUCCCGCGUGGUGUCCGCAAUAAACGCAUCACCCUG